UAUUUGCAGAAAGGAGUGCAUUUGGCAUUACUGUGUCUUUUUGAUCUUCAGCUGUGUGUGAUCUUAAUGCAAUGAUCCACAUGGUUGCUCUGCUGAGGAAAUGCCAGUUAGUACCUGUUUAAGACAGUAAUGACCUCUGGUCACUCAGUAAGUGCUUAUUGAUGAGUCAGAUAAAUGGUUUUGGAAACCAUGGGUAGGAGUUACUAACUACAUCCGGUUUUUCCAGGAGAGGGACUUUCUGAACAAGGUGUCAAGUGUAUUCACAGGAAAUGUCUGCUGACCUGAGUUCUGUUCUUCAUGUAGCCACAGCACACAGGGUCAGGUUUUGGUUUGUAGUUGUGGUGUUUUUUUUGGUUUUUUGUUUGUUUGUUUGUUUGUUUUUGGUGGUGGUGGUGGUGCACAUAGCAUACAGAAGUUCUGGGCCAGUGACAGUGCUGUAUCCUUAACUGCUAGGUCACCAAGGAACUCCCAUGGUCAGGUUUUUAAAGAAUAUCAGUCUUUACAACAGGCAUUAAAAUAUUAUACUACAAAUAUAAUAGAAAUAGUUCAUAUUUUAAACAAUUGAAAAAUUAAUACAGCUUUCCUGGUUACAAUGCUUAGAAGUAAUUCACAGAAGACAUUUCCCAUUUUCAAAGUAGUUAUCAAUUUCCUAUUAUAUUCCAGAUAACUUGGGGGUUCCUGGAGACCCAGAGGUGAGCAAAGCAUAAUCCUUGUUCUGGGAGCAGUGACAGCCUGACUCUCAGUAACUUCAGGACCCUGUGAUAAGUGCUGAAAUGGAGAUGUGUACUUGGAUGGAGGUCAGUGUGACCACAGGGGAAGGAUAGACACUGGGGACAAAGCCAGGGAUAGUUGGGGAAGGAGGUGACUUCUGAAUCCCAUCUUGUAGGUUAAUAUAGAGGUUUAAAGCAGCAAUCCUUCACCUGUUGUAAAAUAGUUACUCCAAAGAAGGAGACCUUUGGAGAAUGUAGGUGGCUGGGCUGUGGUCCCAGCUGGUGGAGGGAUUCCUUCUUUAUUCCCAAAGCACCAUACCAUUCAGCAUCAGCUCAGCCAAGAACUGUGUGGUGACAUGAUGGACACGAGGCCUGGAUGUGUAAGAUUUAUGUUAGUUCUUGUAAUAAAAAUAUCAGCCGUUUUGUGAAGAGAGUCACAGGUGUGCGUUGCUCCAUCUGCUGGCACCGGAAGAGCAUGAGACUUAUUGCCAAGGGCCAGAUCGAAGUUCUAGCCCUCACAAGCCUUCCUGGCAUUCUUCUCAGCGUUCUCAGGUUACGGACCUUGACUUCUGUUCCUUUUUGUCCGGGUUCAAGGCCAGAUGUGGUUUAAUAGAUCAUAUAAGGUAUCUCUUCUAAAUAACUGAAGAUUCUUUUAAAUGUAUACAUUUAAAUGGUUCUUUUCAGUUUCUCCAGCAGGACAUGGUGGGGCUGGUCUGUUCACACACUGGGCAAUGAGCAAGAUCUGUAGACCUGUAACGGGUGGGCCCAGCCACCAGAGGACCACUUACUCUGUGACUGUUUUUGACUUCAUCUUCUUAUUCUGAUCUAACCCUGGACCAUAUCAAUCAUUGCACAUCCCCCAAUUCCUAGCAGACUAGCUUGCACCUAGUAGGAGCUGAGUAAAUAAUUGUUUAUUGAUUCCACUAGCAUUAAUAGUCCUGAUUACACACAUGAUCACACAUACACACAGAUUGUCUGGGCAAUUAAAACGGGGUCCUCCAAGAGACUAAAUGUUUUACCUAGACUGAUAUCUCUCUAUAUAUACACAUCUUCUCAGCCUUGUUAAAUGUCAGAUGCUGAAUACAACUUAAUAUUCUUUUAUUGAUUCAUUGUCAUAGUAUGAAAAUCUUUUAUUGGCCUGUGUUUGUGGGAAUAACGAUUCCUACAGCUUCAUCUCCCUCCCCCAAGCCUAUCCACAGAGAGAAGUGGUGAAGGAUGAAAGGGAAUGAGAGAAAGUUGACUUCAGGUCUGUACUUCAGAUAAAGCUUAUAGAAUGCUUCUUCACCUGUAGCACCACAACAAAAGCAUUAGCUGCUAUUGUAAUUGUUUGGGCUGCUCACUUAUUAGAAUCUUUGAAACGCUAACAUACCUGCUCUGUAUGGAAUAGCACAGGGAAAUGAGAACGCUUGUAAUUUUCAUACGGCCAGCUAUGAAAUUUUAAAAAUCAACAGUAUUGAAUUCUAACUGACCUUAUUAUGUCUGGCCUGUUCCUCCAAAGAGUACUGUAGGUAGAUGGCAAUAAUAAAUGCUUCCUAGGGUGGAAGUGAGGCAUGGUAGGUGCCUUUCAACUUGUUGUGUAAUCUUGGGCAAACUUUUGGGCCCCACCAAGUCUCAGUUUUCCCAUCUGUGUGAUGGAAACUGUGAGAGCUAACUGUUAGUGAUUGUGAGGGAGUAAAUGAGAUCAUUUGUAUAAGCUGCUUGACAUUGUUCAGCAUUAACUAAUAGGUUAUCACGAUAUCUUCAAUGCCUACUGUCUAUCAGUUCUGGUGUUAGCUGCUGGUGGCUUUGAAGUGACAUCUGGGAAUGUCACUUUCAGAGGUGCCUGUAAGUAGAUGCAUUGAAUUUGAGGUUAGAAGCCUAUGUAACCUAAUAGUGGUCUCUGAGAAUUGAAAGCAAAUAAUAGGAUCAGAUUUUAUUUAUAGAUGAGAAUUCACAACUUUGGGAAGACUCAUAGUUUUUCUUAAUUGACCAGAGCUAAAUAUAAGGUCCCCUAAGAAGCAGUCACUCAGAAGUAUAGACUGAUGUACAAAUAGAUAUUGUAUGAACAAGUUUUAGUACCUUUAUAAUUAUUGCAAGAUUUAGGUCAAUAAUGAGGUGUUGAGGCUUGGAGAUGGUGAUUUGGAGGCAUUCAUAAGGGUUUUAAACCAACCAGUAAUACGUACCCUACAAUCUCGACCUUCCUGAAGUGUGACAGGCAGGGUCCUGGGAAGUGGCCUCUGAGAUGGAGUUCAGUGUGCAGGAUGUUUACACAGGAGAGUUAUAGGGGCCAACUCCAUAAGGGACAGAGAAGAAAGCAAGAGUGGACAGAGGGAAAGGUAAGCCGCAGUUCCAGCCAGAGGACGAAAGUAGCCUUGGCCAUCGCCAGGGCUGCUCUGCAGCUCGAAAAUGACCUUGAGUGUCAUGUUCAGGUGGAGAUGGCCAGAUAUUCCCACCUUGGGCAUUUACUGGAUGUGGACUGUCCUAGAAAAGAGUGUGGCAUUGGGUGACUCAAAUUCUGCAGCUGCAGUAAUUCCUCAAUAGGCAACAAAUUCUUAUUUGGAGAAGGACCUGUGUCUACCACCAAGGUUGACCAGAAAGAUUUUUUUUUUAGAAAUUAACAUCACGAACCCUAGAACAAGUGUGUUUUAAGCCCUACCCCAGUGUUGCAUCAAAAUUUUCUCGCAUCACUCCUUGGGAGAAAAGAUUUAAUUUUUAAUGUGGGUCUGUUUUUUCAAAGAAGCUGUGGUUCUAAGAGGUUUUCAAACUUCUCCCUUCUCCCUGAGUCUCUCCCAUCUGCACUGAAGUCCAGUUUGGGUGCAUAGUAUUUCUAUCUGAUAUUAUAUAUUAUUAACUCCCAGAGAAGAUGUUAUACAUGAAAAAUUUUAUUAUGGAAAUUUUCAAAACAUGUGCAGAAGGUAGAGAUUAUUGAAUAUCAUUCCCCCACGUGUGUAUCAACAUUUGCCCUUCUUCCAGAGGGAUUUUUAAUAGUACAAAGCAUAGCUUCCUGAGUGCAUCUGAGACAGAUCAGGACAAGCGUGUCCUUAGAGGAGGGUGAGAUUUCACAAUGUUUGAAGUCACCAGUGUCUCUUAAAUAGCACUGACGUGAGUGCAGUUGGAGUUGUUAGAUCCGUGGUUCCGGGAAGCGACUUGCUCAGCCCCACAGACCUUCAAAGCAGCGCCCGCCGGCCACUCACAUUUCCUCCACCGUAGCCCUGCAGCUCAGCCGUAGGAAUUCGAUUUGGACCAGGAACAUGGGCUGAUGCCUGAGGCCAUCUCAAUGAUGUUCAUGGUGCCCAAGAAGGCCACGCAGUGAGUCACAGGCCAAGAAAGGUGCAGGGCACUUAACUCGUGUGCUUCAUUUUCAUAAUGAUGUUGAGGGGCCCCCUGGAAAUUGAUGGACAUGGGAGUGACCUGACAGCUGACUGUGCCCUGGGCAUUAUUUCAGCCCCAUGUAAAACCAAAAUCAAAAUUUCUGUUUAGGAUAGAAGUAUAAUAGGAAAUUCUCAGAGACUAUCCACAGCAAUGUUGGGGAUCUGAUUUGAACCCUGGGACUUGAACAGUCAAACCACUUCUGAUUCCCUAGCAAGUUUGAGUCCCCAGGUGGGUGGGUCUGCCAUGGUGUUCAGGAUGAGGUCCCAGGCCUUCUGCUGUGCUUUGCCAGGCUCUGUCCUUGGCAGAGCAGCUCUGGCACGCCAAGGAGUGAGUCAGCAAUCCACCCUGCCCCCGCAGAACCAGCAGGAAUUUGGUGAUUGUUUAGCCCCAGAGCAGGUGGCCUUGGGGGUUGCGGCGGUUGCGUUUCCUCUUUGAGGUGGGGGCUCAGCUGUUUCCUUGGUCACGCGCCCCUCCUAAGUGCCUGGAGGAGGCAGGAGGCCAAGAAUACAGCUGAGACUUGAGAUGCAGCCAACUCCCGGCAGCUGCUAUCUGUUCUCUGAGCUGGAACCCACUCCAGGCUGCAGUGUGGCCUGAUCUGGCAUUUGGGGAGGGGACUGAGAAGAGUGUCAUUUACACAUUCUGAGCUACCUAACCCACCUACUGUGUGUGUGUGCAUGCGUGUGUGUGAGUGUGUGUGUAUAGUGUGUGUGGCUCAAUUUAAGUGACACUUCUCUGACAUUCAAAUUACGUGAAAAAUGUAGGUCAGUGAAAAGAGCACAAGACUUUCAAUCUUUCAGGGAUCAAUGGAUUUGCAGGUCUUAAAGGAAUUACUUUAAAAGAUGAAACUGAGGAUAUCAUUCUAACUCAGAAUUAUGUAUUUAAUAUAAGCAUGGUUUGGUUUAUAUUUUCAUCUUUCUACAUAUUCCGGAAACAGCUUAGAAAGGAUACUGGACCAGGAGUAAGACAAACUGAGUCCUAGUUGUUGUGUGGCCUUUACAAGAUAGAUGUGUGAUUUUUGACACCAUCACUGUUCUUAGCCUAAGGUUUUCUUUGUUUUGUUUUGUUUUCUUUUUUCUUUUAGGGCUGCACCUGCGGCAUAUGGAAGUUCCCAGGCUAGGGGUCCAAUCAGAGCUGUAGCUGCUGGCCUACACCAUAGCUCAUGGCAAUGCCAGAUUCCUGACCCACUGAGCAAGGCCAGGGAUUGAACCUGAGCCCUUGUGGAUACUAGUCUAGAUGGGUUUGUUACUGCUGAGCCAUAACGGGAACCCCUCGGCCUAAGCUUAUUGUUUGUUUAAUAAGCCAACUAAAGAUAGUAUAUCUCUCAAUCAAAUUAUAGGAGUUAGUUUUUUUGGAGAAGAAAACAGUUAAAGUAAGUGGAAAUUUGGGGCAAAAUGCCAAAAAAUCAAAUUAAAACAUAUAUAAAAUCAAAAUAUAUACUUAGCUCUCUCUCUCACACACACACUCACACACACUUCUAUAUAUCUAUUUCUACGUAGUAAUAGUUGGUAGGUCUUUAAAAUGGCUUAAGAUAGAGUUGAUUUUAUAAUGUAAACAUAUCCUUUUGGAGUAAGAGAUUAAAUCAAACCUCUAGGAUUUUAUUUCCUAUAUUUGAGAAAUAAGAAAAAUUAUCUGUGUAAAUAUCACAAGUUCCUGAAACUAUCUUCCUAUGUAAAAGCAUUGCUGUUAACAAAGAGCCACCUUUAAUGAACUCUACCCAAUUUUUUAAGCAAUUGAUACAAUUUCCUCCUCAAAUCUGGCUCCUCCAUAGGGUGGGGCUAUAUUCUCGUCAUCUUUGUACCCUCUUUUCCUAACAAGGUGCUUGUUAAAGGUAUGAGGAACUGAUGAAAAGGUAUUCAGUUCAUCCUGUUCAUUACGGUUUUGAAAGGAAAUGUGAUGAUGAUGAUGAUGCGUGUUGUCAUGGUUUUAAAAAUACCCAGAUUGUUGCUCAUGGUGAAACAACUCAGCCCGUCUUUGCCCAUCUUCCCAGACUCUUAGCCCUCACCUUCCCUUCAAAGAACAGUGGCUGCAGGCAGAGCUAUAUAAAAAUGACAAACCUGCACGUGGCUGUUCUGUAAAAGGGACUACAGAUGGUUUAGAUGGAGAGAAGGCUACAAAUAAUUAUAGAUGUCACUCAGGCACCCAUCCCUGAAUCCAGACCUACCAAGCAGAAGGAAAUUUCUUUUAAUGAAGUUACAGGGUCACCACACAAACAGAUCAUUUUCACUGAACACUUUUGGUUGGUUCCUUGUAGAGGAAGGGAAGCUUAGAACACAGUAUUUAAAUCAAUGGCUCCCUAUAGAAACAUCCUUGAAUUCUUAAGGAAGUUUAGCCCAGUCUGACUUGUAAUUGUUCUUGACUGUGUUUUAAAUGCGUUUGAGUUGAUUUUGAUAUUUAUUCCAAGAACAAGACUUAUUUUAUGAUAAUUUAAACAUUUGUUUAACUGGUCUUGGGAUUCUAUGGCAUUAUUACAAUAGUUCUUUAAGUGUUACUAAAUAAUUUGGUUUGCAUGUAGGGUAUUUUUCUUUAGUUUUAUCUUUGACACUUAUUUAAGACAUACCUUUUCAUAGAUUUAAUUCCUUUUAUUGCAUAUUUGAUGAAAUGUACUUAUUCUCUGCUUUUGAUUUUGUUCACAGUUCUUUGCAUUGGUUUUACCUUCCUGUUUUUUAAUUGAAUGGGCAAUUUCAUGCUAACUACAAACAUGCUUCACAAUGCAGUUAACAUUGCAAGUCUCCUAUUUGAACUCAUUCAGUAUUUUUUGGUCUCUUCUCAGUCUGUAAGUUUACUUUUUCCUGAUUAUAAAACUGAAAUAGAUUCAUUUGAGAAGAUUUAGUAAGGCAAGGGUAAGAAUGCACCCUCAAAUAUCCUGUGGUCCCCCCACCACGAUCUCCUCUGGCAUCACUUUAGCUUAUCUUGGUUAUUUAUUAUCUGACAUGUGAUGACUGUUAUUCUCACUCAUUUCAAAGUGUUGUGGUUAAAGUUAAGGUUAUUGGGCCAUUCUGUCAGAAUCUGAACUCCAGCCCCACCUUUUCACAGAGAGAAAUCUUAGCUGUGAUACUUCAUGUCUUUGUGGCUUAGUUUCCUCCACAUUAAAAUAGGACAUGUAAAUCCUUUUGUCUUAUUAUUAUUUUUGCCACCCCUGUUGCAUGGGGAAGUUCCCAGGUUAAGGAUCGGAUCUAACAUGUGCCAUAGCAGUGACAUGCUGGAUCUUUAAUCACCAGGCCACUAGGGAAUUCCUAUCCUAAAUUUUUUAAGCUAAAUAAUUCCGAGUGCAGAGUAUCCACAGGAUGUAUUGAAAUUGUUAUAAAUCACUCUGUUUAAAUUAGCAUUUAACUUUUUUUUGUAAAAUCUCUAAUCGUAUCAAAGUAAAAAUAGUUUUAUUUACCAGUGUGAUUAUGGCAAUGAUAAUGCUAAUGGAGAAGUAACUGCUAGUUUAGAAGUGAGACUUUAGUGGUUUUGCACUAUGACGAGGUACCUUAAUCUCAUGACUUGUUAAAUAUCUGUAUUAUUCAUUCAUUAAAUAAGUGCUUUAUCAAACCCUUACUGAAAACCAGGUGUUUUAGUAUAGUAAAAAUAAGGAUCAUCUGGGUUUUUAAAGAUUUAUGUGAUAGAUAAGUAACUUACACAUUCUUCCUAAAGAAGCAAUGUUUGGGGGGUUUUUUUGUUGUUAUUUUUGCAAUGUCCAUUGGAAGCCAGACUCCUCCAUUUGCUUAUUUCUGAAUAACUUUUGGAGAGAUCCUGGGUUAAAAGAAGAGAAAGAAGCAAUGUAAGGGUUUUUUAAUGGUUAUUUAAAGAAAAUGGAAUCUCACCUAAAAUGGGAACUUAGAAUGAACAAAAACUUAAAUAUAUAAUGACAUUCCAAAGGGUAUUGAUACAGCAGCACCCCAAAAUAAUGCACUCUGAAAACUAGCAAUGGAGCAUGUGUUUUGACAGCAUAUACAUUAUUGAGUAGAAACUGAUUUUUAAGAGACAGACUGGGAUACCAGGAUUGGUGACUGGAGCAUCCAUAUACCCGCUCUGAAUUUGUUUUUUUAUCGAUGUUUGAGGAGGAGUCUUAAAUAUAGGUCUUCAUUUUUGCUUAAGUAUAUCUCUACUUUAUUUUUUAUUUAUUUAUUUAUUUUUUUGUCUUUUUGCCAUUUCUUGGACCACUCCCGCAGCAUAUGGAGAUUCCUAGGCCGGGGGUCUAAUUGAAGCUGUACCCAUCGGUCUACGCCAGAGCCGAGCAACAUGGGAUCCGAGCCAAAUCUGUGACCCACACCACAGCUCACGGCAGCACCAGAUCCUUAACCCACUGAGCAAGGCCAAGGAUUGAACCCACAACCUCAUGGUUCCUAGUCGGAUUCGUUAACCACUGAGCCAAGACGGGAACUUCUAUCUCUACUUUAAAAAAAAAGAAAUAAAAAACCUGAAAACCUAAAAAUGUUUUUAGGGGCAAAACUGUAAAUGUUCUAAUAAAUACAGUUUAUUGUAUUUUGUGUGUAUGUGUGUGUGUGUAUAUAUAUAUAUGAUAUAUAUAUAUGUCAUAUGUAUCAGACAUGAGUGCGUCUGUGUGUGUAUGAACACAUACCUUAGAGAGGUUGAAUUAAGAUGGGUCAAGACUACAUUUGACAUAGGCGGCCGUGCUGAAUCAAUAUCAAUAGCUUAUUGUUGCUGGUCAGGUAAGAAAAUUUUGGGAGUUUCCAUCGUGGCUCAGCAGUUAAUCAAUCUGACUAGCAUUCAUGAGGAUGCAGGUUCGAUCCCUGACCUUGCUCAUUGGGUUAAGGAUCUAGUGUUGCUGUGAGCUGUGGUGUGGGUCGCAGACGUGGCUCACAUCCCGAAUUGCUGUGGCUGUGAUGUAGACCAGCCACAGCCUGGGAACCUCAUAUGCUGUGGGUGUGGCCCUGAAAAGCAAAAAAAAAAAAAAAAAAAAAAAAAAGAGAGAGAGAGAGGAAACAGAACAGGCUGACACUUAUCUUCCAAAAUCCUCUAAGAGGCCUGCCCCCCAAAUUCAGUUAUAUUGUUUUAAGAAGAAAGGAAAAAUAAUGAACAGAAAAAAAAAUUGCUCAUAAUUUGCAUUUAUAACUUUUGACAAGAUAAAAUAUAUGAAAAUGCUGCAUCAUCAUACAGUUUCAGAGACUGCUUCUGAAAUUUUCCACCGUUUUUUAAGAAUAUUGCCAGGACACAAAAUAUGCAGUAACACCCAGGCCACUCAACCAGGUUGGGUCUAGAGAAAGCCAGGUGACAAAGUAGGUUUUGCUGAUAACCAGAGCAUUUUUAAAACAAAAAUCUUCUGAAAUUGGGUAACUGAAUUCAUGUAUAAAUGGUAGAAGGAGCAGGCAGCAUUUCUUUUCCGUUUUUCAGAGUCUCCUAAAGCUUGGCUUCAUAAUGAGCCAAGUGAAUCACCUGUAGAGGGAAUAGCCAGUGUUUCCUGUUCUGUUACUCUCCCCUCUCUCUUUUUGGUGUCUCUGAAGUUGAUAAAAAUGAUGUCCUGACCUGGAGUUGGCAUCUGUGUGCACACCCAAGCCUCCCAUUCUGAUCAUCAGGCUGUAUUUUCCAGCAAAACUCUCCCAGAAUUGAGAACACCUGCCAGGCCAGAAGCAUAAUUUUGGACUGGAGGGGAUUUCAAAGACCUGGGAUUGUACAACUACACAUGUUCUCUCUCCCUUACUCUAUAUGCACAUAUGCGUACAAACACACACACCUUUAAUAUAUAUAUAUAUGUGUGUAUAACUUAAAUUCUAAUAUUUUAAUUAGGAUAUUAAUAAUGCCUUGUGAGGCUGAAAGUAGCCAUUCAUGUUAACAUGCUUAGAAUCUGUUGGUACUUAUAUAUUCAAGUUACUUUUCCAAUCAUCAUGUACAGGACCUUUGAGGUAAUAGCCCUCAUUUUUUUUUUCUUUUCUUUCAUUAUUUUUUUCAGUGAAAAUGUAAAAUCAUUUGAAGUGUAGAACAUAUUUUCCUAUAUCCUAUACUUGAAGAAAUACAGGGAAAUGUUCUUCCUAACAUACUGUUUACCUAUGAUGGUGAACUAUCCUGUCUCUGCUUAGAUGCUAAUAGGAAUGAGUGAAUGACUCUUUUUCCCUUCCUAGUUUAGACCUAUUUGUGAAAAUUAAAGUUGUUUCAGACUUCAUCAUGAAUUUCUCCAAAUAUCCCAUGUUCUAUAUUCAUUUUAGAUGUUCUUUUUCUGACCGUCGGGCUGGUCUGCCUCUCUUCCUUCUAACCUUUUUUCCCCACCCUCCCUCCCUUACUCCCUUCCUCCCUUUUUUCCUCCCUUCCUUCAAAGUAUCAUUAUGAGUAAAGAAAGGUUAUUAUUUUUUUUCCAUUGUAUAAUUUUUCCCAGGUGUUUAUAACUUGGACUUUUUAUUAAGGAGAUCAUAUCUAACCAACAAAGUUUCCGCUUCUGAGUGUGCCAUGCUUUAUAUUAUGAUGCACCUACUGACUUCUCCUUUCUUAUCUAUGUUUAAAACCUCAAAGCUAUCACAGGUAAGCCAGCCGCUCCAAAGCUGAGUUUCACACAUUACAUAGGAUUGACAGAUAUUUCAUUUCUGUGAUAGAUCACUUCAUAAAGUUGAUUCUUUUCCAGAUAAUUUCAGCCUGGCCAUUUCCACAUCUGUAGCUUGGAUGUAGAGUUUUGCAGACUUUUAACUUCUGCAUCACUGAUGUUCUUUGAUUCACCACCAGAUUUCCAGCCCCCAUUCCAGGGAUCUGGUUGUCCUAUUUUGUUGCAGGGAUUCAGCAUUCCAUUUGAUUUUUAAGUGUGAGUUUGCACAUUAAGGACAUCGAAGUGUGUGCACACUAGCCUCACGUCUUUCUUCUUAAAAUGUCCAUUGCCCUGCAUCCACCCACAAUCUCCUUUUUUGAAGUCUCUGAAAAUCAUGUGUGCUUUAAAGACUGUUUUGUUCUAAUCACAUGACACAUAUACAAAACAAAUAGCCCCCUCCUGAUCCUUGGAUUAAGCAUUAUAGACAUUAUGAAUAAAGUGACCUCAAAUCUUCAAUUUGUCUGUUUAAAAUCCUCAAGGAAUUCUUGUACAUAGCUUAACCUUUCUCUCUCAAUAGCCAUGGAACCAUUCUGCCCUAGGACCUCAGGCCAACAUCUUCCAUCCCUUAGGUUGAAACUGACCAUGUGUCUCCUGAAUUUCAGUAGUUUCUGCCAGUUCCCUUAUAUGGAAUGGUUUGAUAACCUUCUUUUUCCUCUUUUUUUUCCGCAGUAUGUAACUAUAGCAGGUUUGAAUAAUUCAUAGAGCUUACAGCAGCUCAGAGUUUCGUAAGAUUAUCAAAAUGCAUUAGAUAUUUAAAAGUGUAGAGAAUCACAAAAAGCCAACACCCAUUUUCCUUGACCCGGGUUUCUUAGGAUUGAAAGGUCUUGUUGGACCUUGAAAGUAUAUUACAGAACAUUGAGUAGACCUCCCUGUGCGCUACAUCAGGUCCCUGUUGGUCAUCUAUUUUAUAUAUAGUAGUGUGUAUGCAUUAAUCCAAUCCUCCCAAUGUAUUCCUCUCCCCCACAAAAGAACCUAUUUAUAAAACAGAAACUAACUCACAGACUUCAAAAUACUGUAGUCUUGAAUGCAUCUAACUCUUUAACUGUCUCUUCAAGCAAGAAUGUUUUCUUAAAAAAAAAAAAUAGCUUUGAGAUCAGGCUUGGAGCAGGGAAGGAGAAGACAGACGUCAUCCUGUCUGGCCAAGCUUUUGAGGUAGAGAGUGGGCAUGUGAUCGCAGUUCUGACAUUGGAUGGCAACACACAGGCCAGCUUUAAGCGGCAGCACCCCUGUCUUUUAAGUGACCAACCACAGCUCUCUUGAGGUUGCUUUGCAAGCAGGGCAUCUGGGGUCGGAUCAGCAUUACUGCAGAUGGCCCCAGACCUGGAGGAGUGCCCAGCGCAAACAGGCACACGCGCAUUCAUAUGCCUUAAGUAGGAAAUUGCCUUCUGGCUGAGCCCUGGGACACAUGGGCAAAAAACCAGAUUCUGCUCCACCACCGUGUUGUAAGUUUCCUGAAAAUGUUUCUCUCGCAGGAAUAUAUCCAUUUCUCCUUCCAGCAAAAUUGGUACGGAUUGUUUUCUUGCCAUGUAUUAAGCCUAUCGAAGGCCCCAAAGGCCAGUGGAAUUUAGAUUCAGUCUCUGGCCCAUUUUCAUCAUCUUGAACAUUCUGGAAUGCUUUUGUUUAAAACAGGAUCCAAAGAUAAGCCAAACCCUUGAUGGCUUAGAAAUAAAAGCAUAGAGACACUGGUUUAUAUGGUUGCCUUCUUUUCCUAGACAUCUGUUCUCCCUGAGUCUCUGUUAAGUCCUGUCUCUGAAGACACAGGGCACCUUUCACUUCCCUCCUCUUCCAGGAAAGGAGUCAUCACAUUUUCCCACCCUUUCUGCAGCAUUUGAGGUCCUGAAUGCAGGUUCUUUUCUUGCAGUGCCCUCAUGCACAUCCUGUGGUGGUUUUGUUUGUUACUUACUCUCCCCCAUCUACAGUUUAAAUAGACUUUCUAGAGAUCUGAUUGUGCUGAGCAAAAAUUCCAGCACUGUGUUGCUAACCAUUAAAUCCAAAAACAUGCCAAUGUCAAGUGAAUUCAUUUCUCUUUCAUUUCAAGUGCAUCUUCUCCCAGAAGUCUGAGGAUAGUAGGAAUUAUUUAUCAAACACUUACAUUCUUCUCCAGCAAAUCUGUUGAUCUCUGCGCUGUGGCUUUUUAGUUUUCAUGACUGUGUUUGCAGGGGUUUCAGUAUGUAAUUUUAUGUAGCACUGUACUGGGCAGUGUAAAGAAAGAAAAAAACAAAACAGAGAGAAAAAAGGUCCCAGUAUUCAAGAAGGCACAAAGGUGGCUGGUGAGAUGUAGGUAUAUCCUCCUCCUCUUUGCGGUAAGAACACCAUUGCACCUGCAGUGGGGGGCAUGUCAUCCUGAAGGGCCAGAUGACACAGGUGAGAGCCCCCAGUGAAGGAAGUGCUUCCAUGAAACUCAAUGGAAAAAAAUCAGUGCAGUAACUGAAAAAAGUAGAGUUUAGAGGAAAUGAGAGGCACUCCUUCCAUAUUUUUUAAAUCUGGAAAUGUGAGCAAAGCAUAACUGCCUGGACAGUUUAAUUGUGGUAACUCAUACAUUUGAUGGAUACCAUCACUUUCUUGGGAAAACUCAGAAACUACCAAAGCCCACAUGUGUUUUCAAUUCAGGGACUCAACACUUUCCUUUUAUGGUUAAUGAAAAUGUCUGCUCCUUGUCCAGUUUCUGUUAAUUCUAUCUACUAGUUCCUUUAAGACUGCUUUCACACUAGCUUUUGCCCACAGGGUCUAAGGUUGGUGGUGGUGUGUGUUGUUUGUACUGUAAGCUUUAGUCCUCUGGAUUGGAUUGCUUUGCUCUCAAAUCCCUUUGUCCAUUGAAUUCUCUAGUUGACUUGGUUGCUCCCCCAAGGCAAGCACCAUCUUUUUCCUUCCUCUAGUAUCUUUUUUGAAAGGCCACAGGAGGCUAGGUUCUCACCAGGUAAACUUGGGACUCUUCUGAAAUGACUGACCCACCAUCAUGGAUUCAGACCAAAGCCCUUUUAAGACCCAUCCAUCCAGAAGCAUGUCACGAUUUUGUACUUUUAGUGGCCGUCGGGUGUUUUCUCUUAACUUUGCCACAUGGGUUAAUAGGUCUCUGAGUGAUGAGAUGCUUGGCUUUUUUGGGUAAAGAAGCAGAAAAAUAGUACAGUGACCCAGCCAUCCCUAGUUAGAAUCCCUGUGGAGUUCAGAGCCCCCUUUCUUUCACUGAAUCAACAAAUCCUACUGUGUGUCAGGCACCAUUCUUAGCACUGGAGUUAAUACAGAGUUAGACUAAACAGGCAGAAAUCUCCCAUCAUUGUAUAGCUUAGGUAAUAGUGGGCGGGGGAGAAUGAUUUUUGCUACUUGAUUCAAAUAUUGAGCCUUGUUAAAGAGUGACUCAUCUUGAGUUUCUAAAACCUGGGGAUUCCAGUGGUCAAAGGAGCCAACAGCCAGCUGACCUAACACUGAAGAGGCAGGUUAAGUAGGAAACAUUUUGUCUUACCUGUUCCAGGCUAGUAAUGAGUAGUGUCCUUGCUAUGAGGAUAAAAUAGAAUAGUCUAUGGAAAGAACUCAGUCCAGAAUUACCAGCAUGGAAGUGAAUCGUAAAAGCAUUUAUUGGUGUGGUUGUUGGUUCUUGUAGAAAGACCUUGCUAUCAAUAUGUUAAAACACAGUUGUAACCCAGAGCCAUCAGUUAGAACUAAAACUCUGUUCCUGUGUCUCCUGAAAUUCCACAUGCUGUACUUGGGAUGGCAGCAGACAUCCAUUUCUGGUAAAUCUCCCUCUUCUGCCUCUCUCCCUCCCUUUUGGGUGUAGAACUUGCCUCCUGCAGUCAUAGACCCAUAGGCCCACAUUUUGGCUUUUCUUUUUUUGGGGGGGGGCGGGUCAUGCCCAUGGCAUUUGGAAAUUCCCAGGACAGGAAUCAAACCGACACCACAGCUGUAACCAGAGCCAUAGCAGUGACAAAGAGGCUUCUUAACCUACUCUACUAAGCCAUAAGGGAACUCUUUGGCUUUUUAUUUUAGGGAAGCACCCUUUAAUUCCUUUGCUCCCCAGGAAAACCUUUCCAUUCUUCUGCUCUUGUGGGGGUUGGAGGCAGAGCUGAGGUCAUGGGUGAAUCACUUAAACUUGUUUUGAUUAGGUUUAAUGAUGAUGUUAGCUGGUAAUAAUUCUGGAAAGGCAACAUUAAGAUAUGAACUAUUUAUAUGCUGUGGCACCAAUAGCACCCAUUGACGUAAGGGAAACAAAGACAACACGGCAAUGAAAACCUCUUAUUUUUUUCUAAUUUAUAUGUUGAUAAAACACGAAUUUUGUCACCAUUUCAAAAAAUCUGACAGCAUAACAGUUUAUCGGUGUAUCUUUGCUUUUACUUAUUUUAUCUAAAUAUCUCUUCCUUUCUUCUUUUCUGUAAGAAGGGCUUUAGUAACACAAACAUUCAGCUCACACUCUGGCACCUAUAACUGCAUCAUGUUCAUUAAGUUUCAUUGUUUUUGAAAUGACGAAUGCCUCUUUCACUUCUUGUAGGAAUAAAAGAGAAAGGAGUUCAUGUCAGAUAUGCUGAAUAAAAUUAAUCUCUUUCCCCACCCUUUUUUGAAGUGCCUUUUCUCUUCAUGAAGAAUUAUUAUAAUUUUGAAUCCUUUAACCCAGAGUUGAAAAUAUGCAUUUUGAGAUAAAUUGCUCUUCUUUUACAAGGUGUCUCCAGUUUUUAUAACUGAGCGUAAAUAAUGGAUUAUUUUCUAGGCAUCCAGAUCCUCUCCAAAAAGGAUACUUAACGAUAUUGUAUUGAACUGAAUUGAACUGAAUUUAAAAUGCAGAAGUUCUAACAUCUGUGAAAUUAAUAAUAUUCAAGUAAAAAUAUCAUUUCAGCUGAUCAUCCUCCCUGGUACCACCGCCUUUCUCUGAAAGAGUGGUGUUUGUCCCUGGAACUCAUGGUACAAUGAUAUUGAGGGAAAUAUUUAGGAAAAGUGUGUAAUUUGGUAGGAUUCCUAGUGGAACUAACUAUUUAGGAGCAUUUUUAUUUGAACAAUGUUAUGUGGUAUCAUUAUCAACAAGAUCCAAACAGUGUUAUUUACGUUACUGGAAAAUUUGUUUUAGUUAUACUUGGAGUGAAAAAGCCACUUCUCAAGUCUGAGAUUCUGGAUUUUUGCUUGAAUAUUAGGUAGACAUUCAUUUCUAAAUGUUACAUGAGUUCUGGCACCAGUAGAUUCUAAUUAAUUGUUCCACAUUUUAGAAAACAAACAAACAAACAAACAACUAUAAUGCCUUCCUGCAAACCCUGGGCAUGUGAUCUGGUAAUCUUGGAGGCACGUGAUUUCCUGUAUGGCCUUUGGAAAGAUGAGUACCAUGAGUUCUAGAAGUGAAGGAGUAAACUCGGCAGAUGGCUAGCAGAUAACAAGGUCAUUCUGUUAACUGUGGCUUAUGGGCUUUCAGGAGUUUUCAAGGAACAAAACUGAGCACGAUGUCUAGAAACUCACUUGUCCAUAGGAUAUUAGGGAUAAAUUCAGGGAAGAAACACACAUACCAUUAUCAGACAAACUGUUCAUAUAGCUUCUGUGCCAUAUAUUUGCUGGCUCAUGCAAGAAGAAGGAAGAGAGUGCUCUAGGGGAAAAGCAAUGUGUAGGUGUCUCUUCCAAUAUCCCAGGAAUUAAUUGCAGAUUAGAUGAGCCUCAUCUUUAUUUCUAAUAGAGCCCCCAGUCACUAGAGGAACAUGGGGUUUUAAAAAAGAGCUCUUAACCCCAAUCAAAAUGACAGUAUUUUGACCCAGCUCUGUCACAUUCUGGUUGUGGAACUUGUCCAAAUCACUGGAUUUCAUAUCAGCCAAACUAGCUGAUUUCAAGAUUCUUUGCAGGGCUGUGGUUCUCUGGGUACUUACAUAUUUAUUUAAGUUUGCACCUGGCUGGAGGUCGGACUCUCCCCUGUCUAUGGGUAAGUCAUGCCUAGACUUUUAACAGAAGAAGGUAGGAAACAUAAAAUAGUGAUUAGCCUGCAUGGGUUAUGAAAGUUGAGGCUAUUUUUAAACCCUGGGACUGGUCCCAGCAGUCACACAGACCCAAAGGAGCCUCAAUGCUUUCUCAGUCUCAGAUUGUUUUCUAAAAUGGCAGCAGGGCCAUUGGCCCUGUUCUCUGUGCCAUUUAUUUUGGUCAGAAAAAUCUCCUUAUCUGCAAUAAAAAAAUAUGCAAAAUCCUGAGUCAGUGAUGUGACAGAGCUACUGAUCAGCUGCUCCAUCACCUCCAGCUCUCUCAUCCAGAUGAUUGACAACUGAAGUUUGUGUUGCAUUAAGACAUGCCCAGAGUUGUCAUUUUCAGUUAGAAGUGGUUUUUGUUACCUUUUGUGGGUGAGGACAUACUGGCCACAUAUUCGUUGAUGCUGGUGGACAUGCAGUGGAAGAUUCUCUGUGCAUGACUGCAUCCUAACCUUUCAUUCUUGCACCAUCCACAUUGGACACUUAAAUAGCAAAGCUUAUCAUGCCAAAGACGAGACUGCUAAGAUGAGGAAAGAGGAGGAGGGUGGUCACAUUUAUUGGUUACCUACGUGAAUCAGUACAAAUCAAGGCAGGUUACAUCCACUAAACUUAUCUUCUAAGCGUGUGUAUUAUCAACACAUCAGGAGCAGUUUUAUAAAGUAGAAAGCCAGUUCCUCCUCUUGUACUAUCAUCUUCUGUGUUUGAUCUGCUUAUAUAUAUACUGACCUGUUAAGUUUUAGUUUAUAUCAUAUUCAGGAAGAAAAACAUCUUUAAGUUCUUUUUAAUUGUGAUAAUAUAUACAUAAUAUAGUUAUCGUUUUAGCCAUUCCUAAGUGUACAAUUCAGUGGUAUUAAAUUGUGUAACCAUCACAUCUAUACUUGCAACUUUUUCAUCAGCCCCAACAAAUACUCUGUACCAAUUAAACAAUAACUCCUUUCUCCCUCUCCUCCAGCUCCUUGUAGCUUCCCUUCUACUUUCUAUUCUUAUGAAUUUGCCUAUUCUAAGUACCUCAUAUAGGUGGCAUCAUACAAUAUUUGCUCUUCUGUGUCUUGCUUAUUUUACUAAGAAUACUAUUUUCAAAGUCCAUCCAUGUUGUGGCAUCUAUCAGAAUUCCAAUCCUUUUUAAGGCUGAAUAGUACUUCAUUAUUCAUAUGAAAUAUUAUUCAUAUGAACAAUGCAUGUAGAUAUCACACCUUGUAUAUAAAUUCUUCCUUUGAUGAAUACCUUUUGGCCAUUAUGAAUAAUGGUGCCAUAAAGAUUGGUGUACAGAUAUCUUUCCUAGUCCCUACUUUCAGUUUUUUUGGAUGUAUAUCUAGGAGUUCAAUUACUGGAUCAUAUGGUAGUUCUGUGUUUAAACAGGUAGGUUCCUUUUUCUUCCCUAGUGCUAACUUUUUGGAGCAACACCAGGCAAGGCCAAUUCCCUGUUCUCUGACUAUGUUUUAAGUAUUCUAAAAUAGCUGUUUUUUUCCCCCUUAAGUUUUUUCUUGUCUAAACUAAAAAUUGCAAGUAAUGCAACACUUUUUAGCACCCAACUUUAAGAUCUUAUAUCAGUCCCUGCUACAUUUCACUCUAUUACUUUCAUCAAUUAGUUCAAUCCAUGGGGCUAUCCAAGUAUAUGUUUGGGGACUCAGUACAUUAUUCACUACUCUCAAGUUUAUGCCUUACUUCCUUUGAAAUAAACAAAAAACAUUUAAGAAUUAUAAAAACAGAAAUCAUCUUUGUUUUCCAGUUCAUGAAUAAUAAAAAAAGAUGAUGAAGAUAAAAUUGUUUAAUCCAUCUUUUAAAUUUUUCAUAUAGAUCCAUUAGAAGUAUUUGACUUUUAUAUUUUUGCAAAAACUAACUUUUUUUGAGAUUGUAUUAGAACAGCCUUGCACAGAGUUGAGGUUCAAUAAAGAUUUGUUAUAAAAGUUGAUCAAAAAGUUUAAUUGAAAUGGUAGAGCUUCUGAUCGAGUGUUUCUUAUGUGUGUAGUGAAGGAGAAAUUUUUCUUUGGGAAAGUAAAAUUACGUGAAAAUUUCUUAUUGGUGUUUUUUUGUUACAUGGGAAAAAAAUUUCAAGCUUGCCAAAGAUAUUAGUCUGUACACUAUACCAUGAUGCCUUAGUUACUCUCAUUUUUGAAAGGAUUAUAUUCCAAUUUCUUCUCUCUCUCUCUCUAAAGCAUAAUCUUACCCAUUGAAAGUUGUUUUUUUCCUUCUUCUUCUUCCUCUUCUUCUCCCUCUUCUUCUUCUUCUUCUUUUUAUGGCCACACCUGUGGCAUGUGGAAGUUCCUAGGCCAGGGGUCAAAACAGAGCCACAGCUGCAUCCUACGCCACAGCCAUAGCAAUACCAGAUCUGAGCUGCAUCUGUGAUUUAUGUCGCAGCUUGCAGCAAUGCUGGAUCCUUAACCCACUGAGCAAGCCCAGGGAUCAAAUCCGCAUCCUCACAGAGAAAAUGCCAGGUCCUUAACCCACUGAGCCACAAGAGGAAUGCCUCAAAAUAUUUUUUAAACUUUAGCAGUAUAAUGGUUUUGAGAAUAGAGUGUGUAUUUUGUUGCAGCAUUUAAAUACUUUAUGUAGCAAAUUGGUAUAUCACUAAUGUCACCACAAUUUGCCAGUGGCUUACAUUUGCAGAAUUGUGACCAGCUAAAAAAGAAGGAACAGUGCCUAAGGGAGAAACAUUUCAGUUGUUCGGAUACGUAAAUCUUGUAUGUGUUGUUUCAUCAUAAAGCGCAUGUACUAAUUUGGGAUAAGAUUAGUCAUCCUCAGCUAAUUUUUAAUAGAAGGAUUGUGAUGAAAAUGACAAUUAACCCUCCCAGCGUGCUAACAGAAUUUAACAUCCCAUUUUAGAUAUCCUCUGAGAACUAAGAAAUUGAAUAAAAUCUCGAUCUUUCUUUCUCCACAUGACGGCCUAGUGAUUAAUAUAUUAAACACAUACACGCACAACUAGGACACGCCUAUUUUGUUAGUGAUGAUAUUUGGUCUUUUGCAUUAUACUUCUUUCUUCUCUCCCUCUCUUUCUCAUCCCCACAAAUCCACACGUGCUACUAUUUGCAACUCCAAAGUCUGCCAAAACAAUAAGAAACAACAUGUCCAUGUGCAAUGAUCAUUAUUUUACUCAUUUUUCUCAUUUUAAGUAGCCGACAACCCUGCUGAUCAAUUUCCUAUAGCUUGCUUAUUGCCUGCCUUUGUUCAGCAUCACCCCCUAAGUUAUAGUUAAAUUAUUAUUUCCACUGAAAGAACUGCAGCCGCUUUUCUUUUGUGCAUUUGUAUAGAGUCUCCUCUUUUUCCCUCACCUCCCCCAACUAUAGCAGUUGACACUUGGCCAGAAUAUAUAUUAACCAAAUAUUGGAGAAAAUCUAUUUGUUAGACAUAGUUUUGCUUCUUUGUGAAAAAAAAAUGGGAGAAAUUGGAACAAAUUAGGAUGAAACGGCUGUGGAAGAGUCGGGUUAGUUUGGGGAACAGAAAGCUGGAGUAGGGUUGAUUUCCUGGCACCACUUUCUUAGCAAAGAGAACAAUUUUAAUCAGUUACAAAAAUAUUUGUGAUCCAUAUGUUCCUCUCUGCUCAUCCCCAUAUGCCCAUAUUCUCUUUUAUCCUGGUGGAUGGUGACUUUGUGAUUCAGGCAUGCAAGAAUAAUACCUCGCUGGCUUUAGAGCUCAGUGCUAUUUCAAAACGUGUCCUGGUAAUUACGCACACACAUAUAUCCAGGCUGUUCGCGCUUUGAGACGGUUACGUGAAUAUCAGUUUGUUCUUUCUUCAUGGAAAGAAUUAUAUCUUGCAUCCACCUACUGGGACUGGAAUAAGGCAUCUAAGGCUUAGAUUUGAAAACUGCAUGGCCACUUCAACUGCUGGGUUAACCGCCACUGUGCAAAUAGGAGCAUCAAAAAAAGGAGACGGGAAGGCUGCGUUAAUCAUUGAUAACUUCAUUUUCUUUGGGAGAAGGAAAACAGAAUCCAAAAAGCACUUGGUGGAUGAUGUGUCAGACCGUGUAAGGGAAUCGCCUGGAGAUGGGGGUUCUGAACUGUUAAUGGGGACAUGGGACUCCCGUUGCCUCUGAUCACUUGUGUGGAUUUUCCUGGCAUCGAAAGACAGAAGCCGCUCAUAAGUCACCAAGAACGACAGCAGGAAUUCUGCGUGAAAGGGCAUCAAACCUUGUUAUUUUAAUUUGCAUCUGGGAGAAUGUCUGAGCCAGGAGACCUGAGUCAGGCCAUAGUGGAGGAAGGUGGGCCUGAGCAGGAGACAACCACUCCAGAGAAUGGUGUGGUUAAAUCCGAAAGUCUGGAUGAGGAAGAGAAGCUUGAACUACAGAGGCGGCUGGCGGCUCAGAACCAAGAGAGAAGAAAAUCCAAGUCAGGAGCAGGGAAAGGUAAACUAACUCGCAGCCUUGCUGUCUGUGAAGAGUCCUCAGCCAGACCAGGAGGGGAGAGUCUUCAGGAUCAGGAAUCAGUUCAUUUACAGCUUUCCAGUUUUCCCAGCCUGCAAGAGGAUGAUAAAUCUAGGAAAGAUGACUCUGAAAGAGAAAAAGAAAAGGAUAAAAACAAAGAUAAAACCUCUGAAAAACCCAAGAUCAGAAUGUUAUCAAAAGAUUGCAGCCAAGAAUAUACGGAUUCUACAGGCAUAGACUUACACGAGUUUCUGAUUAACACAUUAAAGAAUAAUUCCAGAGACAGGAUGAUACUCUUGAAAAUGGAGCAGGAAAUUAUUGAUUUCAUUGGUGACAACAAUAAUCACUAUAAAAAGUUUCCUCAGAUCUCCUAUCAGAGGAUGCUUGUCCAUCGUGUGGCAGCUUACUUUGGGUUGGAUCACAACGUGGAUCAGACAGGGAAAUCUGUUAUCAUCAACAAGACUGGCAACACAAGAAUCCCAGAGCAAAGGUUUUGUGACCAUUUAAAAGAUGAAAAAGGUGAAGAAUCCCAGAAGCGGUUUAUCUUGAAGCGAGAUAACUCUAGUAUUGAUAAAGAAGACCCUCAGCAAAACAGAAUGCAUCCAUUUAGAGAUGACAGACGAAGUAAAUCAAUUGAAGAGAGAGAAGAGGAAUAUCAGAGAGUGAGGGAGAGAAUAUUUGCACACGAUUCAGUUUGCUCCCAGGAAAGCCUUUUUGUGGAAAACAGUAGGCUCUUGGAAGACAGUAACAUAUGCAGUGAGACCUAUAAGAAAAGACAGCUCUUUCGGGGCAAUAGAGACAGCUCGGGGAGAACAUCCGGAAGUCGGCAGAGCAGCUCCGAGAAUGAACUGAAGUGGUCCGACCACCAAAGGGCCUGGAGCAGCACAGAUUCCGACAGCUCCAACCGCAAUCUCAAGCCUGCCAUGACCAAGACGGCGAGUUUUGGGGGCAUCACGGUGCUGACCAGGGGUGACAGUACAUCCAGCACCAGGAGUGCCGGAAAGCUGUCCAAAGCAGGUAGUUCCGAGUCCUCCAGCAGUGCAGGCUCCUCAGGAUCGCUGUCUCGCCCCCACCCACCUCUCCAGACCACACCCCUGGUCUCAGGUGUGGCCGCUGGUUCUCCAGGCUGUGUGAGCUACUCAGAGAAUGGGAUGGGGGGCCAGGUCGCUCCCAGCAGCACCAGCUACAUCCUCCUUCCACUUGAAGCUGCAACAGGCAUCCCACCCGGAAGCAUCCUUCUUAAUCCACAUACAGGCCAGCCCUUUGUGAAUCCAGAUGGAAGCCCCGCCAUAUACAACCCCCCUGCCAGCCAGCAGCCUCUGCGAAGCACGAUGGUGGGGCAGUCCCAGCAGCAGCCCCAGCAGCAGCCCUCCCCACCGCAGCAGCAGGUCCAGCCACCCCAGCCGCAGAUGGCAGGCCCACUGGUCACUCAGGGGCUGCAAGCUUCCUCCCAGUCAGUGCAAUAUCCAGCUGUCCCUUUCCCUACCCAGCAUCUCCUGCCAGUGUCUCCGACGCCGCAGUUCCCCAUGAGAGAGGAUGUGGCCACACAGUUCGGCCAGAUGAACCUGAGCCGGCAGUCCUCAGGGGAGACUGCUGAGCCCCCAGCUGGUCCCGUCUACCCGCCGUCCCUCCUGCCACAGCCCACCCAACAGCCAAGCUAUGUCAUCACCUCCACAGGCCAGCAGCUCCCAACAGGGGGCUUCUCAGGCUCCGGACCUCCCAUCUCCCAGCAAGUCCUCCAGCCCCCUCCCUCGCCACAGGGAUUUGUGCAACAGCCUCCAGCUGCACAGAUGCCUGUGUAUUAUUAUCCAUCUGGCCAGUACCCUACCUCAACUGCUCAGCAGUUCCGGCCUGUAGCCUCAAUUCAGUUCAGUGCUCAGAGGGGCCAGCAGAUGCCACAGACAGCACAGCAAGCAGGUUACCAGCCGGUCUUGUCUGGUCAACAGGGGUUCCAAAGCCUCAUGGGGGUGCAGCAGCCACCUCAGAGUCAGGGUGUGAUGAGCAGCCAACAGGGAACUCCAGUGCAAAGCGUCAUGGUCUCCUACCCAACCAUGUCUAAUUAUCAGGUGCCGAUGACCCAGGGUUCUCAAGGACUCCCUCAGCAGUCAUACCAACAGCCAAUCAUGCUACCUAACCAGGCAGGCCAAGGGUCCCUCCCAGCCACUGGAAUGCCUGUGUACUGUAACGUCACACCGCCUACCCCUCAAAACAACCUUAGGCUGAUUGGCCCUCACUGCCCUUCCAGCACUGUCCCUGUGAUGUCGGCCAGCUGUAGGACCAACUGUGCCAAUAUGAGCAAUGCCGGGUGGCAGGUCAAGUUCUGAGCGCUCUGCCUGUGGUACAUUUCUCCAGAUAUUACUCAUGGCCUUUAAGGGAAGAGCAAGGUGGGAAGAUUCACUGAGGACUUAGGUAUUCACUCAACACCCAAAUGACUGCUGCUGGUAUUCUGUAAAAAAACAAAGACUAAUCCACACAUUAGCUGGUUAAUGGUGCAUAUUUGUCAUGUCUGCUAGGUAUGCCUUUAUAGCUUAGCUAGUGACAUGAAUUCAUCAAGGUAAGAUUUUCUCCUACCACUGAAUACCACUGUGUAGAUGAUAAUAUCCCUAAUUUGGAUUAUUAGUUUUGUACUUUGUGUUGAGUUUGUGAUGCUAAAAGUAUUUAAAAAUUAUAUACUGAAAUCACAUUGUACCAAAGCUGUAAUGGUAAAGAAAAGAAUUGAUGAAUGGAAGGAAUAAUUUAUAUAACUAUAGAGUUUUCUUUUUUUAAUGGAUAUAUACUGUAUUGUAGUGUUUAAUCAAAAUAAAACUAUUUGACCUUAUGGAGGAAGGUCAUGUUUUUACCACUA